CGCGCGCUCAUUCUCGUUCUUUCUUUCUUUCUUUUCUUUCCUCUCCGAGCCGGAGUGUUUUUUGUGUUUGUUCUAGCUUUCACUGCUGCACAGCAGGCCUCCUGCAGGGUCUGUGCUGGCCUACAGUGCGUCUCAGUGGAGAGCUCAUUCAUCUCCCUUUCUGUUUAAGAAACCGUAGUAAGGUGCUGUAGAGUAAUAAACAUGGCGACAUCAGCCAGCUCACAGCUCAGCAAGGUGGUGAAGCAACAAUACAUGGAGCUUCCACAGGGGGACAAGGUGCAGGUCAUGUACAUCUGGAUCGACGGCACCGGGGAGGCCCUGCGCUGCAAGACCAGGACCCUCGACUUUGAGCCGAAGAGCAUCAACGAUCUUCCUGAGUGGAACUUUGAUGGGUCCAGCACCUACCAGUCAGAGGGCUCCAACAGUGACAUGUUUCUCAUUCCCUCAGCCAUGUUCAGAGAUCCAUUCCGCAAAGACCCCAACAAGCUGGUCCUUUGUGAAGUUCUGAAGUAUAACCGCAAACCUGCCGAAACCAACCAUCGUUUGACGUGUAUGAAGAUCAUGCAGAUGGUGGAGCAGCAGAGCCCAUGGUUUGGCAUGGAACAGGAGUACACCAUCCUGAGAACAGACGGUCACCCAUUUGGCUGGCCUUCCAAUGGCUUUCCUGGUCCUCAGGGACCUUACUACUGUGGUGUCGGAGCAGACAAGGCGUACGGCAGGGAUAUUGUCGAAGCCCACUACAGAGCAUGUCUAUAUGCUGGUGUGAAUAUCUGCGGCACAAAUGCUGAAGUCAUGCCUGCUCAGUGGGAGUUCCAGGUGGGGCCGUGCGAGGGCAUUGAGAUGGGAGAUCACUUGUGGGUGGCUCGUUUCAUCCUGCACAGAGUGUGUGAAGACUUCGGUGUCGUUGUCUCUUUCGACCCCAAACCCAUCCCUGGGAACUGGAAUGGUGCAGGAUGUCACACUAACUUCAGCACUAAGGAGAUGCGGGAAGAAGGCGGGCUCAAAUGCAUUGAGGAAUGUAUUGAGAAACUGGCGAAGCGACACAACUACCACAUCCGUGCCUAUGACCCUAAAGGAGGCCUGGACAAUGCUCGCCGUUUGACAGGUCGUCACGAGACCUCCAACAUCCAUGAGUUCUCUGCUGGCGUUGCCAAUCGUGGUGCCAGUAUCCGCAUCCCUCGCACUGUGGGCCAGGAGAAGAAGGGAUACUUCGAAGACCGUCGCCCGAGCGCCAACUGCGACCCGUAUGCCGUCACUGAAGCCCUCAUACGCACGUGUCUGCUUGGUGAAGAUGGCAACGAACCUGUGGACUACUAGAUCUUUUGAAAUCUUAUUACUUUUUUUUUCUUUGUCACUUUCCAAAACUGAGUGUUCUUCUGCUCACCUGUUCAAAUGGCCAUGAGGCCAAGUUUAGUACUGUUUGUCUUGUUAGAAUGUGUCUAACCAUGCAUCAUAGUGGUUUUUAAAUGAAGUUGGCUGGUCAACUUAACACUUUAGGAUUUAAAUGUGAGGUUAACCAGGGACGUGAUGAUGCGGUGCAUAUCUCACCCUUCUGUGUCUUUCUGGGUUUAAAAAAAAAAAAACACCCUCGCGUCAUGUCUUUGAUGAGAUACUUGCUGUUUAAACCCCCACCCUCAAUCUCAAAGACGUUCCUCAUGAUGGUGACUUUAAAAAGGACAAAAUGAGAUGAACAUGAGACACUAGAGCUGCUCUGACUCUGCAACACAAACUUCGCCUGUAGCUUGCUUGUGUAGAUUUGAUGUAACGCUUCAACUGGUACUGUAUUGUUACUAACUGUUUGUACUGGUUCAGGUUGUAUGGUAUAAUCAACUCAUGAUUCCUCAUGCCACUUGUGGGAGUGAAUAUCUGACAAGCUUUUUAUUUGUUGUACAUCUAAGCUUUGGGUAAAAUCCUGAUGUUGCUUAA